AUGGAUCAUUUCGAUUACGGCAAUACAGCAUUUGUUAGUCGUCUGAAUUCAUUGGAAGGAAUACAAUUUGAUGGACGAGCAUAUGCACUUUAUGAUGCCAAUUUUAAAAUUCAUAAUACACUUACGAUAAAUUUUCAAAUACAAACAUUUGCUCACGAUGGUUUAAUUGUAUGGAUCGGUGAUUCUUCAUCAGAAUCAAGUUUUACAGUUGAAAUUCAAAAUCGACAGCUUAUAGCUCGAGCUGUUGUUGAUGGUCACCCAUUUAGUGUUCGCACAGAUUUUGUAAAAAAUCGUUUAUGUGAUGGUAUUUGGCAUUGUGUUCAAGUGCGUCUUGAUGGCAGUCUUUUGACAAUGAAAAUUGAUAAACGACAAUAUACAAAAACAGAACCACGUGUUAAUUCAAUUAAUAUACACGGUCCACUUUUUAUUGCUGGUCAUUCAGAAAAAUUUUCACCACCAUAUUUAUCUGUUCGUACGAAAAGUUUCUUUCAUGGAAAUUUACGAAAUUUAAGAAUAAAUGAUCAACAAGUUGAUUGGCUUGCACCACGUAAUAGUGGUUUAGGAGCUGCAACACCAGAAUUUCAUCGAUAUAGUACAAAAACAACAUCAAAUAAUUUUAAACAGUUUCCAAGAUCACCAGCAACAAUUAAACGUACAUAUGAAACAACAACAUUAACAUCAUCAAGUGUUCCAAAUGAUAGAAAAUUUCUUUAA